AUGCCAAAUAAUGUUCAGCGUGUGAUUAAUGGUGGCCAUCAGAAUGUUGCUAGCACAUCUGGUGCAGCAAAUACACACACCAGCAAUUCCGGAGCAGCAAAUGUAGAUGCGGAAUAUGGCAUUUCAUAUGUUAAGGUAGUGGCAGAAUCCGUUGGCAUAGCAGGGCUUUCCGAUGUUUGCGCAUCUCAAAUAGCAGUUCAAACGACUUAUGCAGUGAAGAUGGUAACUGAACAAGCAAAAAAAUUUGCUGUGCACGGUCGUCGUAAGCGCGUCACAGCUGAGGACAUCGAUUCAGCAUUUGCAUUGGGCGGCUAUCCGCCUUUAUUUGGUUUCACUGUGAAAGAAGGGUUGCCUUUCCGUUUCGCUGGAUCGAUGGGACGUGAUUUGUUUGUUACGGAUGAUCGUGAUAUCGAGAUCACACCAGUAGUUAAUGCUCCUGCUGCUAAAUUACCUCUUGAAACCAAUAUUAAAUCUCAUUGGUUGGUGAUUGAUGGCGUGCAACCAGCUGUGCCAGAGAAUCCAGCUCCUGUGGUACAGAAAGAAGCGGCAGUAGUAGUUGCUACUGAAAAAGCAGCAGUUGAUACGGGUCUAUCGAUAUUAUCAAAGGCAUGUAGAGGCCUGCGACAGACCGAGCAAGUACAAAUCAAAACAACUUCUACACACGCACUAUCCGUGGAGCAGCAGGUGUUCUUUAAGGAGAUUACUGAGGCUAUUAUGGGCAGUGAUGAUACAAGGAGGACGGAAGCCUUAUACAGCCUUCAAACAGAUGCGGGUUUACAACAAUUACUGCCUAGGUUUUCGGUGGUGAUUGUUGAAGGGGUUCGAUGCAAUAUUGUGCAACACAAUCUGGCUAUUCUGAUAUAUUUGAUGAGGAUGAUUCAGAGUUUGGCAAAUAAUCCAGCAUUAUCAUUGGAGCGUUGUUUACAUGAGUUAUUGCCUUCUAUACUGUCGUGCAUAUUAAGUCGGCAAUUGUGUGCUCGCCCAGAAACAGACAAUCAUUGGGCAUUACGCGAGUUUUCCAGUCGUUUGUUAGCCAAUAUAUGCAGGUCAUAUAACAUCAACCACUUACGAUCGCGUGUAACUCAAGUGCUUGCCCAAGUUUGGCGUGAUGAAAGUUGUACACUUGCGGCAUUGUACGGGUCACUGUAUGCUCUGAACGAGCUCGGUGUUGAUACUGUGCAUUCUGUGGUGAUACCUCGAGCUGCUCAGCUACACAAUGAUCUUCGGAAAGUUAUGUCGGACAAACCGAACGUGGUUGAUAAAUUAGCCGCAGAAAAACUUCAAAAUUUCGUUAUUAAAGUAUUGGUGCAUUUCGUAAAAAUUCAAAAGCCAACUGGACUGAAGGAAGUUACGGAUUAUCAGAACAUGUUCGGAGGAUUUGGCGAAGCUGUACACAAAGUCAUAACAAGUGAGCAUACAUCAGUAGUAUCUGGUAGUACACCGGCAAGUAACAACAAUGUACAUUCUGCUGUUCUGCACAGAUCUGGAAGUGACCGAAGGCCCUCUGCAUCCACGCAGCAGCAACAGCGUUUGAUGAUAGGUACAAAACAACCUGUGACUUCUUUAUCCAGUUCACCACUUUAUGUGGUCCGCCCACAGAGCUCACCUGUGCCUGUUCGAAAUUCUACCCAGCAACCAUAUGUUAACAUUAUCAGUGGUAGCCGUUUGCAACAAUCAACUUCAGUACUGAGUCGUCCAACACAACAGAGUACAUAUUAUGUCUCGGGUGGAACAAACUCACCGACAAACUCUUAUGUUGUUCGACCAAGUGGAUAUAAGAAAAUGAUUGUAACAAGUCAGCGUGGUACUUCGAGCUCCACGAAUGACAGUUUUAGAAAUUCAUGA